AUGAACCUGUACAACCUGUCUGCAGACUUGACUUUCCAGGGUAUGGCCAACAAAUCCCUCAAUGCCAGUGACAUGACAGAAGACUGGGACGAAGGGACAUUGCUAGGCCUAAAGGUUUUACUGGCAGCAGCCCUGACUGUGAUCACAUUGUCCACCAUGCUCUUCAACAUAUUUGUGAUCAUCACAAUUAUCCUAACCAGAAAACUCCACACUCCUGCCAAUUAUCUCAUUGGCUCCCUGGCUGUGACAGACCUCCUGGUGUCCAUCCUGGUCAUGCCAAUCAGCAUUGUGUACACAGUCACCCGCCUGUGGACCUUUGGCCAAAUCAUGUGCGAUAUCUGGUUGUCCUCAGACAUCACCUGCUGCACAGCCUCCAUCCUGCAUCUUUGCAUCAUUGCUUUGGACAGGUACUGGGCCAUCACAGAUGCUCUGGAAUACACCAAGCACCGGACGGCGGGCCGAGCUGCUGUCAUGAUUGCUGUGGUUUGGAUUCUCUCCAUUUGCAUCUCUAUCCCACCUCUUUUCUGGAGACAAGGCAAGGCUCAUGAGCUAGCCACCUGCACGGUCAAUACAGAUCAGAUCUCCUACACAAUCUAUUCGACCUGUGGUGCCUUCUACAUCCCAACCGUGUUGCUCGUCAUCUUGUAUGGCAGGAUUUACAUCACUGCUCGAUCUCGAAUUCUGAACCCCCCAUCUCUCUAUGGGAAGCGCUUCACCACGGCCCAGCUCAUCACGGGCUCUGCGAGUUCUUCUCUCUGCUCCGUUACUUCCAACCUUCAUGAGGGACCUUCCCAGCCCCAGAGCUCUCCAGUGAUUAUCAAUCACGUGAGGAUCAAGAUAGCUGAUACUGUCCUUGAAAGAAAGCGGAUUUUGGCUGCCCGAGAAAGGAAAGCCACCAAGACCCUGGGGAUUAUUCUGGGCGCCUUCAUUUUUUGCUGGCUGCCAUUCUUCGUGGGGUCUUUGAUCAACCCUAUUUGUCAAGGAGCCUGUUGGCCUCUUCGUAUCCUGAUGGACGUUUUCACCUGGUUGGGGUACCUGAACUCACUGAUUAACCCCAUUAUAUAUACUGUCUUUAAUGAAGAUUUCAAGCAGGCAUUUCAGAAAAUAAUGCACUUUAAAAAAUGCUCCUAA